AUGGCUGUGAAGUACCUUAGCCCCGAUUAUACAGCUGUGGACCUUGCAUUUGAAUUCUUGUCUGCUUUCAGAGUCCCACAAGGACCUUUCUUAAGUUCUGUUUCCAGGGGCAAGAUGAAUUUCUACUUGGGGUUUUAUUGGGAUUUAAUAAUGCUUAUAAUGAUGGUUGGAAAUCUGGUCAUCAUACCAGUUGGAAUCACCUUCUUUACAGAGCAAACAACAACACCAUGGAUUAUUUUCAAUGUGGCAUCAGAUACCGUUUUCCUGUUGGACCUGAUCAUGAAUUUUAGGACUGGGACUGUCAAUGAAGACAGUUCUGAAAUCAUCCUGGACCCUAAAGUGAUCAAGAUGAACUAUUUAAAAAGCUGGUUUGUCGUUGACUUCAUCUCAUCAAUUCCAGUGGAUUAUAUCUUUCUUAUUGUAGAAAAAGGAAUGGAUUCAGAAGUUUACAAGACAGCCAGGGCACUUCGCAUUGUGAGGUUUACAAAAAUUCUCAGUCUCUUGCGCUUACUACGACUUUCAAGGUUAAUCAGAUAUAUACAUCAGUGGGAAGAGAUAUUCCACAUGACCUAUGAUCUCGCCAGUGCGGUCGUGAGAAUUUUUAAUCUCAUUGGCAUGAUGCUGCUGCUAUGCCACUGGGAUGGCUGUCUUCAAUUCUUGGUGCCACUACUGCAGGAUUUCCCACCAGAUUGCUGGGUUUCUCUGAACAAGAUGGUUAAUGUGUCUUGGGGACAACAAUAUUCAUACGCACUCUUCAAAGCAAUGAGUCACAUGUUGUGCAUUGGAUAUGGAGCCCAAGCCCCAGUCAGCAUGUCAGACCUCUGGAUUACCAUGCUGAGCAUGAUUGUCGGCGCCACCUGCUAUGCCAUGUUUGUCGGCCAUGCCACUGCUUUAAUCCAGUCAUUGGAUUCAUCCAGGCGGCAAUACCAAGAGAAGUAUAAGCAAGUGGAGCAAUACAUGUCCUUCCAUAAGUUACCUGCUGACAUGCGUCAGAAGAUACAUGAUUACUAUGAACACAGAUACCAAGGCAAAAUCUUCGAUGAGGAAAACAUUCUCAAUGAACUUAAUGAUCCACUGAGAGAGGAGAUCGUCAACUUCAACUGUCGAAAACUGGUGGCUACAAUGCCUCUUUUUGCUAACGCGGAUCCUAAUUUUGUGACAGCCAUGCUGAGCAAAUUGAGGUUUGAGGUAUUUCAACCUGGAGACUACAUCAUACGAGAAGGAGCCGUGGGGAAAAAAAUGUAUUUCAUCCAGCACGGCGUUGCCGGUGUCAUCACAAAGUCCAGUAAAGAAAUGAAGCUGACAGAUGGCUCUUACUUUGGAGAAAUUUGCCUACUGACCAAGGGUCGCCGCACUGCCAGCGUUCGAGCUGAUACAUACUGUCGUCUUUAUUCCCUUUCUGUGGACAAUUUCAACGAGGUCCUGGAAGAAUAUCCAAUGAUGAGGAGAGCCUUUGAGACAGUUGCCAUCGACCGACUAGAUCGCAUAGGGAAGAAAAACUCCAUUCUUCUGCAAAAGUUCCAAAAGGAUCUGAACACUGGUGUUUUCAAUAACCAGGAGAAUGAGAUCCUGAAGCAGAUUGUGAAGCACGACAGGGAGAUGGUGCAGGCAAUCGCUCCAAUCAAUUAUCCUCAAAUGACGACCCUGAAUUCCACAUCUUCCGCCGCCACUCCAACCUCGCGCAUGAGGACGCAGUCCCCGCCGGUGUACACAGCGACCAGUCUGUCUCAUAGCAACCUGCAUUCCCCCAGCCCCAGCACACAGACGCCGCAGCCCUCCGCCGUCCUGUCGCCCUGCUCCUACACCACUGCGGUCUGCAGCCCUCCAGUGCAGAGCCCGCUGGCCACGCGAACUUUCCACUACGCCUCCCCCACUGCCUCGCAGCUGUCACUCAUGCAGCAACAGGCUCAGCAGUCCCAGGCACCCCAGACUCAGCCGCAGCCCCAGCAGCCGCAGACCCCAGGCAGCUCCACUCCGAAGAACGAAGUGCACAAGAGCACGCAGGCGCUGCACAACACCAGCCUGAGCCGCGAGGUCAGGCCCCUCUCGGCCUCGCAGCCCUCGCUGCCCCACGAGGUGUCCACGCUGAUCUCCAGACCUCAUCCCACCGUGGGCGAGUCUCUGGCCUCCAUCCCUCAGCCCGUGACGGCUGUCCACGGUACGGGCCUGCAGGCAGGGGGCAGGAGCACCGUCCCGCAGCGAGUCACGCUCUUCAGACAGAUGUCGUCGGGGGCUAUUCCGCCCACCCGAGGGGUCCCGCCCGCACCCCCGCCCCCAGCCCCCGCCCUGCAGAGAGAGGCUUCCUCAGUCUUAAACACAGACCCAGAUGCAGAAAAGCCACGAUUUGCUUCAAAUUUAUGAUCCCUGCUGAUUGUCAAAGCAGAAAGAAUUACUCUAGUAAACUGAGAAUAUUCUCAGAUCUUAUUUUAUUCUAUCUCCUGAUAGAUCCUUAUAGCCUACUAUGAAGAGAUAUUUUAGACAGCUCUGGCCUACAUGUAAAAUGUAAAAACAUAUAUGCAUAUACUAUUAAAUAUAUAUAUAUAUAUAUCUAAAUUCCCACGAGAAGUUGAAAAGACCUGUUUAGCAUUCAGUGUUAUAUGUUUUCCGUUCUUUUAAUUAUUAAAGGAUUUGAAAUGUUGUUGUAAGAUUAUUUAUUUCUAAUCUACUUUUACUUAAUUCCUUUGAUAUACGUAUUUCUCUGUUUUAUAAAGAGUUCUUGGAUUCAAUGGGAACAAAAUUCUGAUUUUAAAAAGGUAUCUUAAAUGAGCUCUGGAAUAGCACCAGUCAAAACUUUCGUUAGCUGUGUCUUGCAUUUGAAUUAUUAGUCAUCAAUCAUAGAGUACUACAUAGCAAACCCCAUUUUAUAGAUAAAAUUGUAUUUUGGUGCUUUCAAUUUUAAAUUAGAUAAAAAACACACUACAUGCUUGGCCACUGUAGGAGACUAGCAUUGUCAUAUCAAGAAUAUCUUUAACCUCAAACACAUUCAUUGAUCUUUUAGAAAACUGAGGGAUAUUUGUCUUCAUGUGUUGUCAGACUGCUACCAAGACUCAAUCAAUGUUAGCUGUAAAUACUUUACUCAGCCCAAAUAAAAAUAGCUAUUCUGUGUUGUAUGAAGGUAAAAGUCACUGUUUAAGAAUUUAGUUUUAUUUGUUCACUUCAAAACUUAGAGUUUUAAAUUUUAUAAAACCUAAUUGUGACAAUUACUCAAAUGUAAUGCAAUGGCUUGACACCUACAAUAUUAUUUUAAUCUGCCAAUGUUUUAUGCAAAAUUGUAUGCUCGAAUCUACAAGUUGCUUGUAUUACACCAAAAAUCAUUACUUUUCUUCCUUAUUGCCAUAAUCAAGCAUCCUAAAAUAGUCCCUGCAUGCUUUCUGGGGAAAAAAUAGGUUCAAAUCAGUCACUGUAAAGGAAGGCUUACAGUUUUUCUCAUUUCUAGAAAAGUAUAACAAUUUAUUAAUUGCCUAUCUUAAAAUUCUUAUGAGGCUGACUUGGAUCUCUGACUUAAGUCUAGAAGUGAGGUUUUCACUUUCAUUUAAUAUUAUGGCUAUUAUCAUUAUUUACAUAAUUAUUUGUAAACCGUGGCUUGAUUUUGAAUAGCAUACGUGUUCUGCGUCCUCAUUAUAGUUAGUAAUGUACUGUAGUGUUAAUUUAAAGAAAUAAACACAACAAUAUAUCUUCAUGUCUGCCUGGGACCGCACAUUUUGCUGAAUGUGGUUAGUGCACACUAAGGAAUGUGGUGAGUAACGUAGAUCUUAGAUAGGAAGUCUGUUAUUUUAAAUGUGCUGAAAAUAGUAUGGAUGUGGUGACAAAGCAAAGGUAAAGUUGAAUGUCUGUGAGCACUAUUUAUUUGUUCUUUUGUUUUAAUUCUUUCCAUGAUCUCUGAGCAUCUGCCUCUUCCCUAAGAAGCCCCUUAGUAAUUAUUUGUGCCUCAAUACAUCCCACAACUGUAGUAGAUGACUGCAACACAGUGGGAAGAUUCCUAGUAUCCAACUUCUGUGUAAAUAACCCCAGUUGAGAAAAUGUCCUGAAGUGGAGGUCUUCAGGAUCUCUGACACUGACAACAUAUUUAAGAAGAAAUUAACAAAGAUGACACAUUGCCGGGCCUCCAGAUAGGCUCAAGGACAGAACCAAAAGAAAACAGAAACUCUAAAGGGAUCCAUGCUGCCUGCUCUGCCUUUAUGGAUGUAAUAAAAUACCAAAUGAGUUAUUAUGUUUCAGUUCUAACAGAUCCCAAGUUGUGUGGAGGUAAUCAAUAAUGAUAGUCAAUGUACUAUUGUCAUUAGCCUGCUGGUGACAAAUGAUGACAUGUCAGGAAUGGUGUUCAAACAAGAUUGUUCUGUCUACCUAGACCCUAUGGGAAAGCUGCAAGACCAUUUACAUAUCAGUACAAAACCCGUUUAUUUUAUUAAGAUAGAGAAUUAACUUCAAUUUAUUAAGAUCAUGCAUCAAUCCUUUAAAUUGUUAAAGGUUUACAUUUGAUAGGAUUAAUGGGUUUGGUAGUGAAAUAUUUUUAUAUGUAUAUAUAUAUAUAUAAAUUUCUGAUUUUUUAUUUUGAGCACUAUUGGGAAACAUAAGCAAAAUUGAAUCGCAUGGUCUUUCAGUGCAACCAUAAAAUUUUUAUUCACUUUGUAAUAGAAUGGGGAAAAAAACCUAAGGUUUAUAUGUUAAUCUAAUAAAAUGGUACAGGGUAAAUUAUAUACAUAUAUGUAUGAAUGUGUAUAUACUUAGAUUAAAAAACUGACUCACAUUUCUGUAAUAUAAAUGUUCAUUGCUAGUUGAAAGUGACCACACUUCUCUGUACAUAGGUAAGCCCAUAAGGUUGGAAUUUUAAUUGUACAGAAAGAAAUGUAUUAUUGAAAACAUUGGUCUUUUUGCUGCUGGGAAGGUAGCCAAUUCUUCUAACAGCUGUAUGAUCAGGGAUGAGUUAGAAUAUUUCUUUUGUUUUUGCUCAAAGCCAUACAUAUAUAAAUAUAUAUAAAGAUUAUUAAUAAAUUCAACAGAAA